GCUUAACUGCUACCAAAUUUCUUGGGUCACUAGCAACAGUUUCUGUUAAUGUAAAUUUACCCCAAAUUUCCAUACUAAGUCCACAACGCAAAUAUGAAGCGCUCACGCGAGCCUGAAGAAGACGAAUUAUCGUCACCGGAACCUGAAGCUAGCUCGGACAAGAUUUCGAAUAGCGCAAGUCCACGAGAAGUAGAAAGACUUCCACCGGCGAAAAUCACAGAGCUUGACGAAUCCGCCGUUGACGACGACGACGACAAUAAUACCUUCAUAAUGAAGUGUUCUCUACCCCCGCACCGAGACGUGCUGUCGUUCAAGACGUAUACGGAAUAUGAAGCACACCAUAACAGGACGCAUAUGAAUCGAUGUGUAGAAUGCGGAAAGAAUUUUCCGUCCGAGCACCUGUUGAAUGUUCAUAUCGAAGAAUGGCAUGACGCCUUCGCCGCCGUGAAGAGAGAGAAAGGCGAGCACACGUAUUCUUGUUUUGUUGAGGGUUGUGAUAGGAAGUGUAGAACCCCUCAGAAAAGACGAAGCCAUCUCAUCGACAAGCACAUGUACCCGAAGAAUUAUUUCUUUGGAAUUACUAAGGAUGGUGUCGACGGAAGACAGUCACUACUAAUCGAAUAUGGGCAUCGCCGACGAAGGUCUUCUACGGCGACCAACGGUAAUGGACCAAAAACGACAGGCCGACGGCAGAGUCUUCGGCAGACGGAAACAACGAAGCCGGAAGCACAGCAGCCAGGAACAGAACCAUCGAAAGUGAGCUCUCCUCAGGCUGAAGCCCCAGAUAUGGAAAUGGAGGAUCUGGCUGGCGCUAUGUCCGCACUCCAGUUUGUCCCCACGAGCAUACGCUUUGGCCACAGGAAAGGAAUAGCUGGAUUCGCAAGACGAUGAUGUGACGAAAACAACGAUAAAUGAGGACACGAGAGCACGAAAUUAUGAGAAUGAGCAUGAGCACGAGCCCAGUGACCUCAAUAGCUAUGAC